UGAUGAGGAACCGCCCAACCCGGAGGCCGCCCGCCCCGGUUUCCGGCGCGGCUGCUGCAGGCGGAAGCGGCGGCGCGGCCAUGGCGUCGGGCGGAGGCUCCCGCUCCCCCUCUCCCGUUCAGCGCCUCCCCCCGCCCUUCCCCGAGCCCCAUGGCGGCGACAGCGAUGGGGUGGGGACGGCCGACAGCGACACGGAGGGAGAGGACAUCUUCACCGGCACCAGCAAGCCUGCCACACCAAAAAGGGAAUCUCUUCCUGUGAGCAGCACCUCCAAAGAGAAUGGGGUUCAGGGAGAGCACGACGAACAGGACUUAUUUGCUGAUGCCACUGUCGAGUUGUCUCUGGACAGCACGCAAAACAACCAGAAGAAGGAACUGGCCAAAACGUCCAAUCCUGUCCCCUCCUUAGAGGUAGCUGCAAGUUCUUCUAAAAACCAUCCACAGAGCUAUGAGGAGCUGGAAGAAGAGGAACAGGAGGACAAAUUUGAGCUGACUGUAGGAGUGAGUGACCCAGAGAAAGUUGGGGAUGGCAUGAACGCGUACGUAGCAUACAAAGUGUCAACCCAGACAAGCAUGCCAAUGUUCAGGAGCCAGCAGUUCUCGGUGAAAAGGAGGUUCAGUGACUUUCUGGGUCUCUAUGAGAAGCUGUCGGAGAAGCAUGCCCAAAAUGGGUUCAUCGUUCCUCCUCCGCCUGAGAAGAGUCUGAUAGGAAUGACCAAAGUGAAAGUUGGGAAAGAAGAUUCCUCCUCUGCAGAGUUCCUAGAAAAGAGACGGGCUGCACUGGAGAGGUACCUCCGGAGAGUGGUCAGCCACCCAACCAUGCUGCAGGACCCUGAUGUCAGGGAGUUCUUGGAAAAGGAGGAGCUACCAAGAGCAGUCAGCACCCAGGCCCUGAGCGGAGCGGGAAUACUGAAGAUGUUCAACAAAGCUACAGAUGCUGUCAGUAAAAUGACCAUCAAGAUGAAUGAAUCAGACAUAUGGUUUGAGGAGAAGCUGCAAGAGGUGGAGUGUGAGGACCAGCGGCUGCGGAAAUUGCACGCUGUCGUGGAAACAUUGGUGAACCACAGGAAAGAGCUAGCAUUGAACACAGCCCAGUUUGCAAAGAGCUUGGCCAUGCUGGGGAGCUCGGAGGACAACACGGCCCUGUCCCGGGCACUGUCCCAGCUGGCUGAGGUGGAAGAGAAGAUCGAGCAGCUGCACCAGGAACAGGCUAACAGUGACUUCUUCCUCCUGGCCGAGCUCCUGGGAGACUACAUCCGCCUCCUCUCAGUUGUAAGGGGAGCCUUUGACCAGCGCAUGAAGACCUGGCAGCGGUGGCAGGAUGCCCAGGCCAUGCUGCAGAAGAAGAGGGAGAUGGAGGCCAGGCUGCUCUGGUCCAACAAACCCGACAAGCUGCAGCAGGCCAAAGAGGAGAUCUCGGAGUGGGAGUCACGCGUGAGGUGGUAUGAGAGGGACUUUGAACGGAUUUCUGCCGUCAUCCGCAAGGAAGUGAUACGGUUUGAGAAAGAGAAAUCCAAGGACUUUAGAAACCACGUCACCAAAUACCUGGAGACGUUACUAAAUUCUCAGCAGCAGCUGGUGAAGUACUGGGAAGCAUUCCUACCUGAAGCUAAGGCCAUUUCUUAAUUGGAUGGAGCAAACGAGCAAACCUGAACUUUGCCUUUUUUGGUUUUUUUGUUUGGUUCUUUUGGGGGUAUUUUUGUUUUGGUUUGGUUUUUUUAAUAUAUAUAUCCACUAUACCUCUUCCUCUUUUACACGGGAACAACCCCUUAGUCCCACACCCAGGAGCUGGUAGAGGUUUAAACCCCAGGCAAGCAGCUUGCAAGCCAGUAACUCUUCUAACUGUAUAUUUUUUUCAUUUAGCAACACAUAUAUUUUCAUACUGAAGAGAAACUAGUUUCCUGCUUUCCAACCAGCCCCGCGGUGGAGGGGGUUAACAUGAGGUGGAAAAUGUCUAUUUUUCAGGCUGGGUUUUAGGGCUCUAACAAUCUUACUCCUGCAGUGCCAUUAAAAUUCUGUAAUAAAACUUCUAU